AUGGAUGUUGACAAGAAGAGAUUAGACAGACACCAUCUCGAUGUGUCUGCAUUUCUACAAAAAAUUCAACAGGAAGCUGGUAAACAGAUAAAUAUAAGUAAUGAAACAAAUAUACCAUUGAAAUCAAUGAAGACAGUAUAUUUGUCUGAUAACAGAAAGUAUGAAAUUUAUAGUAUCAAAGAUGAAGAUUUAACUGACUUAAGUGGAAAAUACGACCUUGAAGUUCAUAUUUUUUUUGACGACGCAUUUGAGAAGAAAGAAGACAAGAAAACAGCGAAAAAACAAAAACGUGAAAAUAAUGACAAAGGGACCAAAAGACCAAUAAACACUAACCGGGUGGCUGAGGAAUACAUUUAUACUAGAGAAGAAUCACCCCUUUCUUCAAAAGGUUUACCAGACGUUAACGAUUACAACUUUACAUUACCACUUGACACAAAGCUUGUUAUACAUCUUAAAGACAAAACAAAGAUUCGAGCAAGGAAAAGAUGGAGCCAGGUCAUGUACAUGUAUUACCUACUUGGUCAUGUGUCGAAACUAAACCCAAAUUUAGAAAACUACAAGGAAGAGGCAGAUAACACAUUCAUAUUAGCUUUAGAUGGAGAUGUUGAUUUUAACCCACAGUCAGUCAAACACUUACUUAAUAGAAUGGAAAAAGAUCCUAACGUUGGAGCUGCGUGUGGUAGAAUUCAUCCAAUCGGAUCAGGUGUUAUGGUUUGGUACCAAAAAUUUGAAUAUGCCAUAAGUCAUUGGUUACAAAAAGCAACAGAACACGUCACUGGUUGUGUACUUUGUAGUCCUGGAUGUUUUAGUAUGUUUAGAGCAUCUGCUCUACUGGACAGAAAUGUCCUGAAAACGUAUACGACAGAAGCAACACAGGCAAGACAUCAUGUGCAAUAUGAUCAAGGUGAAGAUCGUUGGUUAUGUACACUUUUGUUGAAACAAGGCUAUAGAGUGGACUAUAGUGCAGAAGCAGAUGCUUUUACUUAUGCGCCCGAAAAUUUUGAUGAUUUUUGGAAACAACGACGGCGUUGGACACCUUCAACAAUGGCAAAUGUUUUGGAAAUUUUGACAGAUAGCAAUGAAUUGAGAAAGAAAAACCCUAAUAUCUCCCGACUUUACAUUGUGUAUCAAGUAUGUUUGUUCGUAUCAUCGAUUCUUACGCCAGGAACAAUUUUUCUUUUGAUUGUUGGAGCCCUUCUUAUUGGGUUUACCAGUAUAACGCCGAUUUUAGCACUUCUGCUGAAUUUAAUACCAGUCAGUUUGUUUUUGCUAAUAUGCAUAUUUGGCAAAGAAAGUCAACAGCUCCAGUUUGGAUCUAUCUUGUCAGCUAUUUACACAGUUAUCAUGCUAAUUGUCUUAAUGGGUUUGUUAAAAAUAGCUGUGGAGGAAAAGUUCUGUUCAACAACCACAAUUAUACUGUGUUUUGUGGCAAGUGUAUUUGUUAUAGCAGCAGCAUGUCAUCCAAAGGAAGCGUCCUGUUUGAUUCACGGAUUUUUAUUCUUUAUUGCAAUCCCAUCUAUGUCUAUGUUGAUGUUCUUAUAUUCGGUUGCUAAUCUAAACAAUGUUAACUGGGGAACGCGAGAGAAAGCUACAGAUGAUAAGGAGGUAAAAAACAAUCAGAAUAGAGACACACAGUCCCGUUUCAAGGCUAUUCGCAGUUUCUUCAUGUGUUGCUGGCCCACAAAAGCUAAAAAGUUCAAAUCCUCUGAUAUUAAUAACACAGAAGACACAGAGAAGGCUGAAGUAUAUAACGAUACUGCUCUUUUGUCUAAAUACGGCUUAAAUAGAGCAGAGCCACUAGUUGGAAAGGAAUCCAAAUUUUGGGAUGAACUCAUAGAGAAAUAUUUGCUUCCGAAAGAGCCGAGUCGGAAACAGAAACUAGAACUAGAGAAAGAACUCCUACAACUACGUAAUCGAGUUUGCAUCAUUAUCUUUAUGGUUAACACGUUUCUUGUGACAUUAAUAUAUGCUCUGUCUGAAGCAGAUGCAUUUAAAUCUUCCCUGGUAUUAAAAAUUCAAUGCGAUCCACAAGAUGUUGCAAUUGACCCAAUAUCUGUUUUAUUCACACUUACCUUUGGAAUCUUAUUAUUGGUUCAAUUUGUAUGCAUGAUUUAUCAUCGAUUUUCAACUUUAAUUCAUAUAACAGCAGAAUCGAACUAUUUUGGACAAGAUACUACUGAGGACGACAUUAAAAAGCAACUGUUUGAUUGUGACAAUUGGAUGACGAAUGAACGACCGAAAACCGCAAAAGAAAGGGCAGUUAGAAAUGUACAGAUAAUUCACAAAAAUCAAAGCACAUCAAAGGCAAAAAAUAAUAGGCAGAAGUCAGCAAUUAUCUCUAUUAAAGAAGAAACUGCAAUAGACGGUAGUGUUUGCUAA